AUAAAACCUUACGUACAAUAAGGGCACAUACUAUAACCAUCACCAACGAAAAUGGAAACCAUGUUGAGAGAACUUUGUUGCAUUGCAUUUCUUGUGCUUCUAACAUGUAUCCCAAUAGGAAGUGCUCAACAAAGCUCUUGCCUCAACAAGCUUUCACCAUGCCUGAACUACCUCAAUGGCACUGAAGACCCACCUGAUAGUUGUUGUGAGCCACUUAAAUCUGUGAUUGAAUCAGAUGCAGGGUGCCUAUGUAGCUUGGUAAGCAAUAGAGGCACAAAGGAAGCAGAGCAAGCUGGAAUUAAUAUCAAUGAGGCUCAGCAAUUGCCUGGUAGAUGUGGCAAACAUGUGAAUCCAUUGUCUUGCCUCAAUAGUUCCUCUGGCCCGACGAACUCAGAUCAAAACUCCGCAACGAAGUUGAUGAUGCACGUGUCUCCUGGUGUUGUUAUAAUGAUUUUAGUUUCGUCAAUUGUUGCACAGAUAUAACAAAAAGAACAGCUUUUUUUUUUUUUUUUUUUUUUCGAUUCAUACUAAAGGAACAGAUUGAUUUACCUUUCCCUAUUUUUCUGGUUAUAUACUUAAUUAGAGUGUGUUAUAAAUUGUUCAAUGUCGAGAAUACAUAUCUAUUUAUUGGUAUAGUUCUGAAAUUUGGUAGGAGACGAAUCA